GCGGUGCAGUCGCGUCCGGCGCGUACGUAAACCAACAUCGAAAAAUGCCGAGCUGCGAUUUCGUCAAGCGCUAUAUAGUUAACACUUUUUGUGAAUACAGCAUACUUGUAUGAGUCAUAAGAAAAUCAAAAGUGAUGUAAAGUGUUGCGUUAUAUUGUGUUUAAAGGAUAUGAGGUGCUAAGCGUUUUCUUUUAAACUUACGCGCCAGGAUUUAAGAUUAAUCCGCGUAAACAAAAUAUAUUUUUAGUUUACUCUUGAACCUCGUAGUGCAUGAUGUCGGAUUUAAUCCUAACACACGACCGCACUAAACUUCUGAUACGAUUUAUGUAUAAUGAGCCUUUAACGAAAUAAAAAUAGCGGAACGACAUCCAGUAAGCGCUUAUAAUAUAUGACAGGGCAUUAAUUUUAACAGCCGUAAGUGUCACUUCGUUAUUUGUCAACGAGUUGAUUAAGAACAAAAAUAAAUGUUGACAGAUUUAGUGGUAACAGGUAGGAGUUUUAAAACGUAUAAUUUGUGACUUGAUCGUUACUGCUCAUUAAAUCCCGAAAAAGUUAUACGUGUAUUUGAUCGAAGGGUUCACUAAUUAGGACAUAAUAAAUUAAUUAGUUAAUUAAUUAAAGAUAUUUAGUGACAAUGAAGAGAAGAAGAGUGUAAAAAUUGAUAAUAAUAAUAAUAAUAUUAAAGUGUAUAUUAAUAAAAUAAUCAAAUAUAUAAAAGAAAAUGGCUGCUGAAUUAAAAAGGAUAAAGUGGCAUUUAUACGUCCUGAAUGCGAUUCUGUACUUCGUAUCAAUGAUAUACGAAGCCGGCGGGCUGCGUACAACGGAACUUCACAUAAUACCGAGAGUCGUACAGCGGGGUAGAAACGUAACGAUGGCGUGCUUAUACCAGAUACAUCAAAGCGAAAUAUAUUCCGUUAAAUGGUUCCGAGGAACGCAAGAAUUCUAUAGAUAUUCCCCGCUCGAAUCGCCCACGACAAGAGUGAUGCCAGUUAGUGGGAUUAAAGUUGAUAGAUUAAACUCAAACGAAACACACGUAGUUCUGAUGCGGGUAACGCCUGGGCUGAGCGGAAACUACAGCUGUGAAGUCAUACAAAAUGCACACACCUUUCCACAUUAUACUGCGACAGCCAGACUUGAUGUUGUUGGUAUUGGUGGUCUGCGAGCGAUUGACCUAAGGAUAUCACCUCCGGUAGUACAGAGAGGGUCAGAUGUGACGUUAGCCUGCCUUUAUGAGCUAACGGAUGCGCCAUUGUACUCCGUUAAGUGGUACAGAGGGCGACACGAAUUCUACAGAUACUCACCUACAGAGACGCCGGCUACGAAAAUAUUUCCUUUUGCUGGGAUCAAUGUUGACCUGGCCAGAUCGAAUCAGAGUCAGGUAGUGCUAACGCGAGUCAGCUUCGGCCUAUCCGGGAAUUUCAGCUGCGAAGUCACAGCUGACGCUCCUUCAUUCGCAACAUCAAUCGUGUCUAACACAAUGGAUGUUGUGGUUCUACCGCCAUCGUCGCCAACGAUUCACACAAGCCAACAUUAUUACAUGCCGGGCGACGUGCUGAGAGGCAACUGCACGUCUGGACCCGGCCGCCCCCCCUCAGAGCUUACAUUCUACAUUAAUGAUAUCCCAGUAACACCAGGAAUGUACCAAGUACAGCCAGCUCCGGAAGGUCUAUUCCGAUCGGAGUUAUAUGUCCAGAUCCAGUUAUGGCCGGCGCAUUACGAGAGAGGAGCGCCGAUCCUCAGGUGCGAGGCCAAAGUGGGGGACCUAUAUAGGGACAACUCAGCCGUUGCCUUGUAUUCAGCUAACAGUGAUCCCAAAAUAGAGAGAGUGACGUCGCCUGGUUCUGGAGCCAAACUGCACGCGUGCCAAAUCCUUCUACUGCUCCACAUUAUUGUGUGGGCUAACAAUACAUAGGCAUAAUGAUCAUACGUGUACUGGAGUGCCGUUUCAUUCCAAUAAGGUGAAAUAGAAUGAGAAAGAAAAUCGAGAUCAACCAAUCAAAUUACAAGAUAAUAUUAUUCGUUGUAUGACCUUGAUUAAACAGUUCUGAUUGGUUAUUUCCAAUGUAUUAUUUCUUUAUUCUAUUCGCUUUAUUGGAUUGCAACAUCACUUAUUAUAAAUAUUAAAAUAGAUAUGAAAUAGAUGUAUUCAAUUCUGGUCAAGAGAUAAGGGGAAAUUAAAAAUAGUUAACUGUACCUAAAUGAGCUAAUAAUUAUACCAAAGA